AGUUCUCCAAAUCAUACCGGCUGUGCCUGACUGGUUGUAUAAAAAUUGGUUGUCCUGAGAACGAAAUUUGAAUUUAAGUUCACCGACCUUGAAUAAACAAAUCCCAAAGCUGGGAAGUUCCCUCACAAAUCCCAUAGCCUUGCUUCACAGCCCAUUCCCCCAGAGCAGGGGUACUUUGGCGGUUAGGAAAAUUGUAGCUACCCAUGGGGAAAGACCCUGGCGCCAUCACUGAACACGGGGACCCUUGCCCACAUCCUAUGCGGGAGCAUGGGCCGUUCUUGGGGUCUCUUGUUCUUGGCUCCUUCUGACACCUGGUGAAAUAAACAAAUUAAGCUCCACUUCAGAAUCACCUUCCUCUGUGGCUGAAUGAGAUAGCUUCUCAAGGCCAACCUACCCAACCUGUAGGUUGAGCUGGGAAUUAAUGGCCUCUUGCUCAUGGGGUUUUCGAGCUAAUGUUUCAUAGGCCUUUGCAUUUCGCAUUCACUUCUACAGUGACAUCAAGAGAAAGCUAAAAGCUCAGAGAGCUUUCCUUAGCCUGCUAUUGUGUUUAAGAGAAAACAAGGUGUUGUGGCGGGAUGUUCAGACUACAGAAUGGGAGUAGGAGAUGUGACCUGUAGUCCGAGCUGCCCCUGCUUAUCUCCUUGUCCUCCUGAGCCUGUUCCCUCCUGGAUCUAAUGGUCUCUACUGCUCUGACAUCCCCUGCUCAGUUUUCAAAGUCUUCUCUUCAAGCAUGGGAGCUGCUCUGAGGGGCUGAGCAGAGGAGAACUGCUUCUUCUCUCUGAGGGCCCACCUCAGGGCAGGACUCCCAGGGACAACAAACCCUUCCUCAGAUCCGAGUGGUGCCAUGCCGUCUCCUGCCCUAUGCUUCCAAUGCUUCUCUAUUAGGUGGCUUCUUCUAAGGUCCCUGGUGGCUUUGUAAUGGCAAAGUCCAACAGCCUCCUCCCAACCUGCAUCUCUGAAGUUUCUGUAGCAUUUGAUGCCCAACACGUUCACCUGGAGCCUUUUCUCUUACCAUUUCCUCCUCCCACUGUUGCUCCGCAGACUCCUGUUCUUGCCAUUCCCAGUGAGCUUGUGUCCCUCACCCAAACCCUUCCCCCCCAGUCCAGAUCAUCUUCCACACGUGUCCAGAGCCCAGCUCUUUAUCCACAAAACAGGCUUCCUCUGAAGACUUCCCUGUUUUUUCUCCUGGUCUUGAAAGCUUAGAGUCAUCUCUGAGUCUUCCCUCCAUCUUCCUGCUCUCCACUAUUGCCACUAUCCAGCCAGUUUUUAAAAAGAUUAAAUUUAUUGCAGUAACAUCAGUCAGUAACAUUAUACAGGUUUCAGGGGUACAAUUCUACAAUACGUCAUCUGUGUAUCGUGUGCUCACCACCCCAAGUCAAGUCUCCUUCCCUCAGUUUCGAUGGUGCUUCCUUUCCCUGGGGCUCUUGCCUCUCUCACUUCCCCAUCGUUCUCUCUGCCAUCUAAUUCAGCUUUCGUCACUGCAAGCCUCUCGUGGUGCCUUCUGGGCCACAGUCUCUCCCUUGCUUCACCAAGAGAUUUUUCUUAUGAAAACUCCUUUGUCGUGUUUGGAAACCUCUGAUGCCAUCUUGCUUCAUAGGGAAAGUCCAAAGUCCUUUGUCUUCUAUUCAGGUUUCGAAGGCGAUGACUCAGGAUGCAGCCAGGGGCUACGACGUGCACAGAGGACCGCAUCCAGCAUGCCCUGGAGCGCUGCUUGCACGGACUCAGCCUCAACCGCCGCUCCACCUCUUGGUCAGCUGGGCUGUGUCUGAACUGCUGGAGCCUACAGGAGCUGGUCAGCAGGGACCCAGGUCACUUCCUCAUCCUCCUGGAACAGAUCCUGAAGAAAACCCGAGAGGUCCAAGAAAAGGGGACCUAUGACCUGCUGCCCCCGCUGGCCCUGCUCUUCUACUCCACUGUCCUCUGCACCCCCCACUUCCCACCAGACUCAGAUCUCCUUCUGAAAGCAGCUGAAACCUACCACCGAUUCCUGACCUGGCCCGUCCCUUACUGCAGCAUCAGCCAGGAGCUGCUCACCUUCAUUGAUGCUGAACUCAAGGCCCCAGGAAUCUCCUACCAGCGGCUGGUGAGGGCUGAGCAGGGUCUGCCCACUCGGAGUCAGCGCAGCUCCACUGUCACUGUGCUGUUGCUGAACCCCGUGGAGGUGCAGGCAGAGUUCCUCGCCGUGGCCAACAAGCUGAGUGCGCCCGGCCAUUCGCCUCAUAGCGCCUACAUCACCCUGCUCCUGCAUGCCUUCCAGGCCGCCUUCGGGGUCCACUGUGACCUGCCCAGUCUGCACUGCAAGCUGCAGUCCAAGACCCUGGCCGAGCUUGAGGACAUCUUCACAGAGACUGCAGAGACACAGGAGCUGGCAUCUGGCAUUGGGGAUACAGCCGAGGCCCGGCAGUGGCUCGGGACCAAGCUGCGGGCGGUGGCAGAGAAAGCCGGCUUCCCCGAUGUCUUAGACACUGCGAAACCCGGCAAGCUCCGCACCAUUCCCAUCCCUGUUGCCAGGUGCUACACCUACAACUGGAACCAGGACAGCUUUGACAUCCUGCAGGAAAUCCUACUCAAGGAGCAGGAGCUGCUCCAGCCAGGGAUCCUGGGGGACGACGAGGAGGAGGAGGAGGAGGAGGAAGAGGAGGAAGAGGACUUGGAAACGGAUGGGCAGUGUGCCAAGAGGGACUCACUGCUUUCCACCAGCUCGGAGACCUCCCAUGACUCCACCCUGUCCCUUGCCUCAUACCAGGCCUCGGGGGCCACCCUGCCCCGCCAGCUGCUGACCUCCUUUGUCUCGGGCCUCUCGGACGGCAUGGACAGUGGCUACGUGGAGGACAGUGAAGAGAGCUCCCCAGAGUGGUACAAGAGACCCGGCGGGCGGGAACGCCGGGGCUACCGCAGGCCCGGGCAGAAGUUCAACAGGAUCUACAAACUCUUCAAGAGCACCAGCCAGCUGAUGCUACGGAGGGACUCUCGGGGCAUGGAGGGCAGCUCGGACUCGGCGCUGCCCCUGCGGCGGGCCGGGAGCCUCUGCAGCCCCCAGGGCAGCCCGGGGCCACCCCUGACCCGGGCUCAGCGCUCCCGCUCCCUGCCCCAGCCCAAGCUCAGCACCCAGCUGCCCAGCUGGCUCCUGGCCCCCGCCUCACGGCAUCAGCGCCGCCGCCCCUUCCUGAGUGGGGAUGAGGACCCCAAGGCUUCCACACUACGCGUUGUGGUCUUCGGCUCCGAUCGGAUUUCAGGGAAGGUAGCUCGAGCAUAUAGCAACCUGCGGCGGCUGGAGAACAAUCGCCCACUCCUCACACGGUUCUUCAAGCUUCAGUUCUUCUACGUGCCUGUGAAGCGAAGCCAGGGGGUCAGCUCCAGCGCCUGCCCAGCCGCUCUGAGCCAGACACCCCCACUCCCCCCAGACUCCCCGAGGCACCCCAUCCCGACAGAGCUGGGCAUCGCCCACUGGGAGGAGAGCACCAAUGAUAUCUCUCACUACCUCGGCAUGCUUGACCCCUGGUAUGAGCGCAAUGUGCUGGGCCUCAUGCACCUGCCCCCUGAAGUGCUGUGCCAGCAGUCCCUGAAAGCUGACUCCCGGCCCCUGGAGGGCUCCCCCACCCAGCUGCCCAUCCUGGCCGACAUGCUGCUGUAUUAUUGCCGCUUUGCUGCACGGCCGGUGCUGCUGCAGGUCUACCAGACGGAGCUGACCUUCAUCACCGGGGAGAAGACAACAGAGAUCUUCAUUCAUUCCCUGGAGCUGGGUCACUCUGCUGCCACACGAGCCAUCAAGGCUUCGGGUCCUGGCAGCAAGAGGCUGGGCAUUGAUGGGGACCGGGAGGCCGUCCCUUUAACACUACAGAUUAUUUACAGCAAGGGGGGUGUCAGUGGACGAAGUCGCUGGAAUAACAUGGAGAAGGUCUGCACUUCCAUCAACCUCAACAAGGCCUGCCGGAAGCUGGAGGAGCUAGAUGCUGGCACGGAGGCCCUGAUGCUAAACCUGACAGAAGUGGUGAAAAGACAAAAUCCCAAGUCCAAGAAGGGCUUCAACCAGAUUAGCACAUCACAGGUCAAAGUGGACAAGGUACAGAUUAUCGGCUCCAACGGCUGCCCCUUUGCAGUGUGUCUGGACCAGGAUGAGAAGAAGAUCCUGCAGAGUGUGGUCAGGUGUGAGGUCUCACCUUGCUACAAGCCAGAGAAGAACAGCCUCUGCCCGCAACCCCAGAGGUCCCCCUACCCUGCUGCCCAGGCCACGUCGGACCUCUGCUCCCUCCUCUGCCUGCCCAUCAUGACUUUCAGCGGAGCUCUGCCCUAGCGAGACCCUGCGCCGGCCUGGACGGAAAGCCUGGAAGCAGCCUCUUCUGAGCCUCUCCCAGAUGGUGGGCCGUGAGGGUCUCGCUCCUUGUGGAGAACCAAAUGGCCCGUGAGGGCCAGAGUCCUGCUGUGGGCUCUGCACUGGGCAGGUGGCAGAGCCUCGGCAGUUUCUGGGGCCUUGGACCUCUCUUUGGGGCAGAAACAGGCUUUGGGGAGAGAGGAGUUUAGCCACACCAUCUCUCAGGUUCCUUGAGGUAGAAAGGAGAGCCGACCUCUGGAGGCCCCGGCCACUGACAUAGUCAAGUGUCCUUGCAGGGAGGGAGGUCGGAGGCUCCGGUGCUCUGGGGUGUGGUGUAGGCCUCUCCUCCUAACCUGUGGCUGGGCCCGCUCCUUCCUUUGUCAAAGACUUGAAAGCCCUUUGUGUCUGGAGUUCAGACUCCUCUGCUUUGGAUACAUGGAUGAGACUUUUCAUUCCUGGCCUUCAGUACCUCCCACCUCUCUCCCUGCGUCCCCCGUUCCUGAAAAACAGCACUAACACUUUACUUGUCCAUUGUCAGAACCUGGUCAGGUUCUCUCUGGGGCCCCUUUCUGGACCUGAGGUCCUGGGGAGAUAGGACAGGUUAGAUUCAGUUGCAGCUCAGUCACCUUCUAGCUAAAUGACCAGAAGGAAGUUAAUUAGUUUCUUCAAGCCUUCCUUUCCUUAGCACUAAGAUGAGGGGGACUCAGGCCACUUCAAAGGGCUACAGAGGAAGGGCACAGUGCCCGGCCCUAUGGCUGGCGCGGAGCAGGUGCUCAGGAAAGGCCAGCAGCCUCGCUUUCAAAACGCUGGCGCCCCUUCUGGUCCUAGGGGGCUCUCAGGGCCUCCGGGAAGCUCUCCAUUCACUCUUUUCCAGUUCACCAAGACUGAGCACUGAGGAGCAAUUAGCUUUUCCCUCUGCAGGAGGAACUGCCUGUGUCAGGGUGACGGGAGGGUUGCUCAGGCACCCUGGCCUUUACCUCCUCUCCCAGGUUGGCCCCCCAUUCCCCCACUUCCAUCUCCCUCCUUGGGCUGCUGUACAUGGUGUGCAGAAUCUUGUAGCCCCAGGUUCACUGGCACCUUUCUGGUGCAUGGGCAAGAUCCCAGGGGAGUAGAGAGUGGCAUGACUGGCAUUGCAGAGCUUUGGCCUGACUGCGGAGAUGGGGGAUAGAACAUAAGAAGAGAGCAGCAGUGGAAAACUGCCAGGUGGGAGGAGUCCAAAGUGAAGAUGGGCUCGGGUGAUAGGGUAGAGGGCAGGCUUGGGGCCAGGAUUUGAACUGGUCGAGGUGGGGAAGGGAAGUGCGGAAGCUGACCACCGUAUCCCACACAGAGCCUUUUCCAAUUGACUCUCCUCCCGCUCCAUCCUGCUCCAAAGGCUCUGGGUCUGUAGGAGCCCCUGGAACCCCAGUCCUGAGGAUUCACACCGUGAGGGGAGUGAACAGAGCCGCCUCCUACCUGGUAUCGCCAUGUCUGCCCUGCCCUGGCCAGGCUCCAGAGACUGACUGGCCAUAUACCUUUAAUACCUUUUGUUGUGUCAAUAGAUUAUUUUACUUUGUAACCACUGGUUACCUAAGAAGAAUAAAUGAAAUGUAAUAUUAUUGUUAAAUAAAACUUAUUAAUCUUGUAUUUAAUGACCUAGAGCUAUUUUGCUGCAUGAUAAUUAACUGCUAGUUGAGCAGUUCAUAUAAAUCAUUUUACAUAUAGCAGAAAUGAGAUUCUUGGGGGGUUGUUUUUCUUUUUUAAUCUUUUUGUAAUUUUCCUCUCUGUAGAAAAUAUAUUUGUGCUUAAAUUUUCCAUGGCACUGUUCCAGAGGGAAGGAGGUGAGCCCAAAGCAGGCCCUCUGGAUCUGGGCAGUUCUUAGACCUGGAUCACAGGGAGGGAGAGGAGAGGAGGCCAACGGGUGACAGGGACCCCUGCGCCUUGGGAGAAGCGCAUGAGCACCAGGCUCUGAACACAGCUAGCUGCUGGGGAGGGAGGAAGAAGGAACCGUGGCUGCCCCAGCUCUGCAGCAGCUAGCUACUGCAAACAGUAAAGCAGACCUCAUGCUCUGUGGUGUAGACUGGGAUUAUUUAUUCUUGCUCCUGCAUCCGUACGACAUCUAGGGAUCCCUUGAUGUAGGUUGGGAUAAGAGUGGCUUGGCUCCGAGCAGCAGGCUGGGUUCAGGCCUGCUCUGUGGGUCUCUCAGGCACCUGGGGUCAGCAGUUAGCACAAGGCAAGUAAGCAGAGGCAUGUGGCACCUCCUAGGGCCUGGGCCUGGGCACAGUAUUUACUCUUGACAUUCAACAGGCCAAAAUUGAAGAAGCACAUGAACUCAUAGGUUCAAUAAACUCAGCAAGUCUUGCACUGGAUGAAAGCAAAAUUACAUGAGAUCACUUCACCUCUGAUGCUUUUCUAAAACCCUAUAACCCUGGUCUAA